AUGUAUAGCUCCAAGUCGCUCCAAGGCCUGUUGUGCUUUCUGCCUCUUGCCUCGGGCCUCCCUCUCCAAGACAGAGUCGAUCAAGUACUCAGAGCCUAUGGUGUGAACAGCGCCCUAGAAGCAGGCGACACUCACCACAACAAAUACAUCUACCAAACCCGAUUCUCUGGCGUCACCUGGGACCAGCAAAACUGGCGUCUGCAAAGCAACGUGCUGGAUCAGGGCCACUAUGCCUCUCGCGGCUCUAUAGCGAAUGGGUACAUUGGCCUCAACGUUGCCGGAGCCGGACCAUUUUUCGAGCUCGAUACGCCUGUGAAUGGUGACGUGAUUAGCGGCUGGCCCUUGUUCUCGCGGAGACAGACCUUUGCCGGAUUGUCCGGUUUCUAUGACGUGCAGGCCACCACGAAUGGGUCCAAUUACCCCUGGUUGGGAGAGUAUGGUUACGAUAGUGUGAUCAGUGGUGUUCCGCACUGGGGUGGCUUGGUCCUUGAUCUUGGAAAUGGCGAGUAUCUUGAUGCGACUGUUGAUAACUUAACAAUCUCAGACUACAUGACAACAUUCGACUACAAGGCUGGUGUUUUGUCCUGGGACUAUACAUGGACACCCAAGAGCAAAAACAGCUCCUUCGGGGUCAACUACAAGAUCUUUGCCAAUAAACUCGACAUCAACCAGGCCGUGGUCCAGCUGAGUAUUACUCCGUCCGCAAAUGGCACCGCCACUGUCACCAACGUUAUCGACGGAUAUGCUGCUGUUCGCACGGAUUUUGUCACCUCUGGCAAUGAUAGCGAUGCCAUCUUCACCGCCGUCAAGCCAAUCGGUGUCAACAACGUGACUGCCUGGAUCUACGCAGUACUAGGUGGAGACGAGGCUUUUGACUUCUCUUCGGCAGCGCUUGUCAGCAACAAGCCUUACAUUAACCAGAACGAGUCAUCUAUUGCGCAAGCAGUGAACGUAAAGUUUACUGCCGGCACCACAGUCACCAUCACCAAGUUUGUCGGUGCUGCGUCCACGGAUGCGUUUCCUGAUCCUCAGAAAACCGCCAAAGAUGCUGCUUUAAAUGCCCGAAUCAGGGGCUUCGAUGAUCUCCUGCAUUCUCAUAUUUCCGAAUGGGCUCAGAUUAUGCCAGACGAUUCCGUGGAUGACUUUACUUGUGCUGAUGGAACUCUGCCUGAUGAGAUUUUCAUAAUUGAAACUGCAGUCAUGGCAGUAGUAAACCCGUACUAUCUUCUACAAAAUACUGUGGGUGAAAAUGCUCUCCGCCGUGUGAACGACGCGCCGGUGAACAUCUGGAGUAUUCCCGUUGGCGGCCUUACUUCGGACUCCUACGCUGGUCAGAUAUUCUGGGAUGCAGAUCUCUGGAUGCAGCCUGGCCUGGUAGCUGCGUUCCCCGAGUCAGCUAAACGUAUAAGCAACUACCGAGUGGCAAAAUAUCCACAGGCCCUUUCCAAUAUUGAGACCUCAUUUGCAGGAUCUCAAAAUAGAACUACCUUCUCUUCAGACGCUGCAAUUUACUCCUGGACUGCCGGACGGUAUGGUAACUGCACUGCUACAGGCCCAUGCUGGGACUACGAGUAUCACCUGAAUGGCGAUAUUGGCAUUUCACUGGUCAACCAAUGGGUUGCCAGCGGCGAUACUGAGGAUUUUCGGAAUACCCUUUUCCCAAUUUACAAUUCGGUUGCUACAUUGUAUGCUGAUCUGUUGAAAAAGAACGGAAGCCACUGGACUUUGACAAACAUGACUGAUCCUGACGAGUAUGCCAAUAACGUCAAUGCUGGUGGAUAUACCAUGACUCUGAUUGCUCAGACGUUGUUGAAUGCCAACGCAUUCCGGAACCAGUUCGGAUUAGACCAGAAUUCUACAUGGACUGAGAUGGCCGACAACGUUCUCGUCAUUCGGGAGAAUGACGUGACUUUGGAGUAUACUACCAUGAACAACAGCGUAGCUGUCAAGCAGGCUGAUGUGGUCUUGUCAACGUUUCCGUUGGACUAUACGCGGAACUACACUAGCAACGAGGCGCUCAAUGACCUGGACUAUUACGCCCUCAAACAAUCCCCCGACGGACCUGGCAUGACCUACGCCAUCUUCUCAAUUGUCGCCGGCGAAAUCUCAACAUCCGGCUGCUCCGCGUAUACCUACGCGCAGUACUCGUACGAUCCAUACAUUCGAGCCCCCUUCUUCCAGUUCUCCGAGCAGUUAGAUGACGACUACAGCACCAAUGGUGGCACACACCCGGCCUUCCCUUUCCUCACCGGCCAUGGAGGCGCCAACCAAGUCGUUCUAUAUGGCUACCUCGGUCUCCGCCUCUUGCCAGACAACAUCCUUCACAUCGAUCCUAGUCUGCCCCCUCAAAUCCCCAACCUAAAGUACCGCACUUUCUACUGGCGUGGAUGGCCCAUCCAAGCAGGCUCAAACUACACGCACACCACCAUCCGUCGCGCAACCACCGUCGCACCACUAUCCACAGCCGACCAGACAUAUACCAAUACCAGCAUAACCCUGCAAGUUGGCCAGAGCAAUAACGGAAGCACCUACUCCUUGCGCGCCGACGGAUCACAGCUGGUAAUCACCAAUCGCCAAAUCGGGUCCGUGAAGACUAUUGCUGGAAACAUCGCCCAAUGCCAACCCGUGCAGUCCCCCGACAGAUACCAGCCAGGCCAAUAUCCACUUUCAGUAGUUGACGGCGCAGCGUCGACGAAAUGGCAGCCAAAGUUUGCUGCUAAUGUCAGCUCUGUAACUGUCGCACUGGAUCCAUCUUCUCCUUUAACAUACAAAUCUGGAGAUAGUCGCAACGCUACCGCCAUAUCAGGAUUCUACUUCAACUGGGCACAAGCUCCUCCAACCAAUAUCACAGUUGUCCUACACAAUACCCCCAUCGCAAAUCUGAAUGCAUCGUCCUUAUCUAACACGACAACGGAGACAAUGACAACAACGGCCUUGGAUAUAGCAAUAUCAAAGCCCUACUCUGCCGCAAGCAACAACGAUGACAUCAUCGCCCUGUCCUCCGGUAACACGACGAAUUACACGUUUCCGUCUCCUGUGCCCGUACCGAGGUUCGCCACAUUGUUUAUCCAGGGGAAUCAGGGCUUGAAUAAGACGGAUCUCAAGUAUGGGAAUGGUACGGGUGCAACGGUGGCAGAGUGGGCGAUUCUGACUGUUUAG